CAACUAAUACACAACAAAUCACAGCCCACCCAACUUCGUUUCCACCGAAACCGCCCUCUUAGUACAACACAAGACCAUCAUCGUCGCUUUCCUUCCCUUCCCCAUAUACUCUUCCUCUGAUUCCUCGCCCCAGCAUCCUCCUCAAGCCACCUUGCUCUUCUGCCUUCCCCGCAACCAUUCUCGCCCACAGCCGGAGAAUUGUGAAUAUAAGGAUAGGAAGAAUGGCUGCAGCUGCAACUCCUACUGUAGGCCUGACAACAGCCAGGACUUUCAUCUCAUCCCUCCAUAAAACGUUGAUGUCGAGGGCAGCAAUUCUGAGUACAGAGUCCAAAGAUGCAUCUAUGACUAGGCUUGCAAGCUCUUCUCACAUCUCAUUGAGCCAUUCCUUCUUACAGAAGCCUAAUUCAGUGAUCCUGAAAUCUAAACGAGUUGUCGCAACAAAAGCAGUGUCCUCGGAAAAUGAAACUAGCGCCUUGCCAGGACUUCCUAUCGAUUUAAGAGGGAAAAGAGCUUUCAUUGCUGGUAUAGCUGAUGACAAUGGGUAUGGUUGGGCUAUAGCCAAAUCACUUGCAGCAGCUGGUGCUGAAAUUCUUGUUGGUACAUGGGUGCCGGCUUUGAAUAUAUUUGAAAGCAGUCUACGACGCGGAAAGUUUGACGAGUCUCGUGUAUUACCGGACGGUUCUCUGAUGGAAAUUACUAAGGUGUAUCCAAUGGAUGCGGUUUUUGAUGGCCCUGAGGAUGUUCCUGAAGAUAUAAAAACAAACAAGCGCUAUGCAGGAUCAUCCAAUUGGACUGUUAAGGAGCUUGUUGAAUCAGUGAAGCAGGAUUUUGGCUCUAUCGACAUCCUUGUCCACUCCCUCGCUAAUGGUCCAGAGGUCGCGAAGCCUCUUCUGGAGACUUCAAGGUUUGGGUACCUUGCAGCCAUCUCUGCAUCAAGUUACUCCUUCAUUUCCCUUUUGCAGAACUUCCUUCCUAUAAUGAAUCCAGGUGGUGCAACAAUUUCCUUGACCUACAUUGCUGCUGAAAGGACCAUUCCUGGUUAUGGUGGUGGGAUGAGUUCAGCCAAGGCUGCAUUGGAGAGUGACACACGGAUGCAACUGACUGUGUUAGGUUUAAACAUAGUUGACAUUAUUUGUAUGCAUCCUCACAGUUGUGUGUUAAUUCAGGUGCUUGCCUUUGAAGCUGGAAGGAAGCACAAAAUCAGAGUCAACACAAUAUCUGCAGGUCCAUUGAGAAGUCGGGCUGCAAAAGCUAUCGGUUUUAUCGACAUGAUGAUAGAGUACUCGACUACCAAUGCACCCCUUUUGAAAGAACUAUCUGCAGAGGAAGUAGGGAACGCUGCUGCUUUCCUGGCUUCACCUUUGGCCUCAGCCAUCACUGGAACUGUCUUGUAUGUCGACAAUGGUCUAAAUGGUAUGGCUGUUAGCACCGACAGCCCCAUACUGGAAAAGCUCCACGCUGCAAAGGAGAAAUAAACACACCUACGCAGGAACUCACCCAGAGCUUAAGUUUUGUUUUGUUCUUUUUUUGUUAAUUUCAGAGUACACAAUAAAUGCUGUUCUUCCUAUCUGGGCUCCUCGUUGGACUUGUGUAACAUUUUUACAUAUGCAGAGAGCUAGCUGAUUUCAGUUGAAUCGAACACAGAGGGAACAAACAACUUUGUGUAACAUCUUUAGCAUGAAAAUUCAUUUUGUAGUUAAGCUUUCUGCAGAGCCUAAACUUGAGAAUAUUUAACAAUGAUGCUCCUUUAGAUUCUAGUCAGAUGGGCUGGAUUCUUGAGUCCUAUGUGGCAUCAGCUCCUUUCCAACCCCGACUGAGGAGCACAUCAACUGCCAAUCACUGUAGUCGAAUUUGAAGACAAAAUGCCGGUAAGCAACGUCGCCGGAGGCAAUCAUAGUGGCUGAUGGCGCAUUCCUCGGAGAGACUAGAUGGCGACCGGAUUCAUCAUCAACUUGAAUCUCCACCCUUCCGUCUUUUACAAGGAACGACAACGCAAACAAAUUCUCCACCGUCUGUGAGAAUGAGCUCCUGUUCAAUACCAGGUGUUCAAGCUCCACCUUCCUCUCCUUCCUCAAGAUGCUGAACAUGGUCAGCAUCGUUCCAUCAGUCGUGCCUGUCUUCUCUUCUUCCUCGACGUGAGGAUCAACCU